AUGAAGCUUUUUUUACUCACCUGCUUCUGUUUGAUCCGAAUUUCGUUUCAAAACGCAACCAUCAGCUACGAUUGUCUUUCAAUGAAUUCCGAACAUUGCUCUUUAACCAAUAUCAACUUUAACAAAACCGAAGAAACGCUAAUUUUCAACUCAAAUAUCAGAGAAGAAGUCUUCCGAGUCACUGUUUCCAAGUCAUCAAUUUCCGUUUUAACGUCUGACUUUUGCAAAUCCUUCCGGAACACGGAAAUAUUUAAAUUACAAUCGAUUGCUUUGGAAAAAAUCAACGAAAAUGCCUUGGAAUCAUGUGAAAAAUUAAGCAAUUUCGACGCAAUGAAGAAUUAUUUGCGAUAUUUGGAUGAAAAAACCUUCAAAUCAAACAAAAAUCUCGAAUAUUUGUUCCUCAGCACGAACAAAUUGCGAUGUUUGCCCGUAAAAAUUUUCCAUGGACUCAAAAAUUUAAAAGAACUUUACUUGUCGUAUAAUAAUUUACGUUUUUUACAUCCUGAAACAUUUUCCGGGCUCACGGAUCUUCGUCUUUUAUCGCUGCAAAGCAACGAAUUACUCGAGUUUGACGCGUCGGAAGUCGUGCGUCACUUAUCGAAACUCAACACGAUUCAUUUGAAGUACAACGAGAUCAAAUGCAGCGAAUUUCAGGAAAUUUUAAAAGUUUUAAGGGAGAAAAAUUUAACUUUUGACAGAACUUUAACGCAAAAUGACUGCGAACCUGACGAGGAAUACGAAUUAAGAAAUUCUUGCAUGAUGAAAUUUGAAAAAAAUGAAAAAAGUAAAAGCCGAAAAUUAACAAAAAAUUCGGUUUUAAUAGCGAUUUUUUAUGUGAAAAUUCUAAUUCUACAGAAAAACUAA